UAAUAAUAAAGGCGGGACCCCAACCAAUUCCGGCUCUUCGUUCCUACGCACGACAAGUUCUCCUAAUCUAUCUCUCUCUCUCCAUGUUCUGUCUUUCUCUUUCCGCCAUUUUUCCGAUCAACUUCUUCUUCUUGUCGAUGCAAUGACAACUCCACGAUCGCCGGCGACAGAUUUCUUCGGAAUAUCAAAGACAGCAUGCAAAGCAUACAAAUCCAUCGUCAAAAAUUUGCAUCCUCUCUCUUCUCAUCGCAAAACCGACUCUCACUCCGACAACGAUUCCACAAUCCACCAGAAAUAUCUAGAGGAGAAAUUCGCGGAGGAGGAUGAUCUCAUCGCUGCUCGGAGAGGUCUUCGUUUACAGAGCAUGGACGAUAGCUCCGUCUACAAACGCCGCUCUUCUCUCCUCUCGAAAUCCAGCAGCCGCCGCAGCCACACCCCUCAAGCUCGUCCCACAUACCUCUCCUCCGCCUCCUCCAACCGCCGCUCAGCUUUCUCGAGAACCACCAGCCGCAGAGACGACGGCGGAAGCAGCCACGGCGGAGGAGGCCGCGGAUUCUCCCACGGCCUCAAAUCUCGCCCCGUCUCCAACAACGCGAGCCCGAUGACGUCGCCGUUCACGAGCCCGAGAGGGAAAGAUCAGACCCUGGGCGAUCUGUUCGGGUCCGCGCAGGGACUGACGUCUCCUACGACCUCUACCCCGUCUUCUCCCAAAACCAUUUCAAAGAGCCGUAGCAAGAGAGAUAAAGACAGCACGGCGUUUUCGAAGAGCACGAGCACGAGACGUACGGGUGGAUCGAUGGGGAAGAGCGUGAGCAGGAGGAGCACCACGCCGAUAGUUUUCUCGCAGUCGACACAGCCGAAAAAGCCGCCUGCUGUGGAGAAAAAGCUUGAGUGUACGUUGGAAGAGCUCUGCCAUGGAGGAGUCAAGAACAUUAAGAUCACUAGGGACAUCAUAACCGAUGAAGGGUUGAUUAGGAAACAAGAAGAAACGUUGAAAGUGAACAUCAAACCAGGAUGGAAGAAAGGGACCAAGAUCACAUUCGAAGGAGUAGGUAACGAGAAACCAGGCUACCUCCCUGAAGACAUCACAUUCGUGGUUGAAGAGAAGAGACAUCCUCUGUUCAAAAGACGCGGUGAUGACUUAGAGAUUGCGGUGGAAAUUCCACUGGUAAAGGCCUUGACGGGAUGUAAACUCUCGGUGCCGUUACUGAGUGGUGAGUCAAUGUCCGUAUCCGUAGGAGAAGUGAUUUUUCAUGGGUUUGAGAAGGCUAUUAAAGGUCAAGGUUUGCCUAAUGCUAAAGAAGAAGGUAAACGAGGUGACUUGAGGAUCACGUUUCUAGUGAAUUUUCCUAAAAAGUUGAGCGAAGAACAGCGAUCAAUUGCCUAUGAGGUCUUGAAAGAUUGUUCUUGGGCUUAAAGGUUGAUAAUAAUAAAUGGGUUUCAAGCCAUUCACUUCUUGUCUUUUUCUUUGUAUAUAAGAUUCACGAGUUGAGGCUUUGAAGUUGUGUUUUGGCAACACUUUAGGCUUAUUUCUUACAUAUUAUCAUGUUUUUCUUAGAGUGAGCUGUUUUUAUAUGAUUCUUACUGUGAAUGA